AUGCCUGCGCGCACCCGACAAGCUCCAUCCUCCACGGCGGAGGUCGUGGAGCCGGAGGAGGAGCAAGGUGGUCUUCGCCGUCUUCGUUUCAAUGACCCGCUCUCAUGGCGCGUGGGCAAGUCUGCUAUCCCUGUCGCAGACCUGCUGCAGCGCUUGCAAACCCUCGCGCACGAGCUGUCGAAGAUGGAACAAGAUGAGACCGAUAAAGAUUCUCUGAAAAAGGUCUCGCAGGAAUUAGCCAGCGGCCAUCUUUUAGCACACAAAGAUAAAGGUGUGAGAGCGUGGACGGCGAGCUGCAUCGUGGAUAUUCUGCGCUUGUGCGCGCCGGACGCGCCGUUCACGGGGAAUCAAUUGAAGGAUAUCUUUACGUGCAUUGUCACAUCGAUUAUCCCGGCAAUUGCAGAUCCUUCCAAUGCCUACAACACACAGCAUGUCUAUGUCCUGAACUCUCUUGCCGACGUCAAGAGUAUCGUCCUCUUGACGGACCUUGACAAUCCCGACUCAUUAAUUAUCCCUCUCUUCGCGUCGUGUUUCGAUAUUGUCUCGGGAUCUUCAAAAGCAUCCACUGGCGAACAGAUUGCCAAAAAUGUCGAGUACGACAUGACCCGCAUGCUCGUGACCGUUAUCGAUGAGUCCCCCACUCUGGCCCCCGAGGUUGUCGAUAUUAUCAUCGCGCAAUUUCUUCGCGUCGAUCCGCGCGUCGUGGAGCAGCCCGGUAAGAAGGGCAAGAAGCCUGAGGCCACGAUCGAUGCGAACCAAGACACUCUUCUAUUGAAAGAUUAUCCGCCCGCAUAUAACAUGGCUAAGGCUAUUUGCCAUGCAUGCCCCGAAAAGAUGACCAGCCAUAUAAGCCAGUAUUUCAACAACGUCAUCAUCGAUUCCUCAGCGCCUUCGUCGGCGUUAAACGGCUCGAAACAUUCUUCCAACCGGAGGGUCAGUCUUGAUGAAUCCGAUGACGAGGCAGAGGACAUCAAAGAGCUGGAGAAAGCCCAUCGACUAAUACGUGAGCUGUGGCGGGCAUGUCCGGACGUGCUGCAAAAUGUGAUCCCACAGUUGGAGGCUGAGCUCUCUGCUGAGUCCGUCUCUCUGCGUCUCUUGGCAACACAGACCAUUGGCGACCUGGCUGCUGGAAUCGGUGUCGCUGGGCCUCCUCCAUCCCCACCGAUGGAUCCUGCUGCGUAUCCACCGGUGACAUUGAUCGGAUAUCCUCAAACCGUACCGCAGCCAAAUGUUCUGCAGACGCCGUUGUCACCCAAGCCUUUCGCCCAAGUACAUUCGUCUGCGUAUGAGAGUUUCUUGAGUCGCCGCCAGGAUAAGUCGGCUUCCGUUCGAUCUGCAUGGGCGACAGCCAUAGGGCGCAUCUUGCUUACCUCUGCUGGAGGCUGUGGUCUGAGUGAAGCGGACGAGCUCAGCUUGGUCAAGAGCUUGGCCAUCGUACUUCGUGAUGCUGAUGAGAGAGUCCGGGUUGCAGCUGUGGAUGCUAUCGGCUCCUUCGGGUUCUCAGACAUUGUCAACAAGCUUUCUGUCACUGGCGGGCUCGCGACUCCAGAUUCGGUCCUCUCGAUUCUUGCGGAGCGUGUUAAAGAUCGCAAGCCGCAGGUUCGAGAGCAUGCCAUGAGAGUCUUUGCUCGGAUGUGGGCGGUUGCCGCCGGUGAGAUUGAGGAUAACAACGAGCAAGUGGUGGCGCUCCUCAAGGACGCGCCAUCUAAAAUCUAUGAUGCUUUCUACACGAACGACCCCGAUAUCCAGGUCCUCAUCGACCGCGUGCAAUUUGAGUUCUUGCUCCCAUUGAAUUACCCUCCGAUCAAAUCUAAGCAGAUCAAAGGGACUCCCGGCCAAUCCCAGAAGCUCAGGAGUACCCAAGAUGCUCCUAAAGAUGCAGAAGGUGCUGUGGAUAAGAUACGAGUACAGCGAAUGUUGACUUUGAUAAAGGGUCUGGAUGAGAAAGCCAAGAAAGUGUUCUUCGCCUUCCAGGCGCGACAAUUGAACCUGAGGACGGCGAUGAACAUCUAUUUGCAAGCGUGUGAGGAUUAUAACGGUGGCGUCAUGGAAAAAGACGAAGAUCGGAUCAAGGCGCAGUUGACGCGCGUGAUCGACACUUUGGCAAAAUCAUUGCCAGAUGCGUCUCGAGCAUCGGCAGAUCUCUGGAAGUUUGCAAAGGCUCACGACAGGAGAAAUUACCAACUCAUUCGAUUUGCCAUGGCUGCUGUUAGCGACUACCGUACGGUCACAAAAGCAAUCAAGGAGCUAGCGAGGAGGAUACAGAGCGGAAAUACCCCAUCCAUUCUGGACACACUCACUCCGUUCCUGUACAGGUCUAGUUCUCUCGUUUUUAAUCGCAGCCAUAUUUCUGCGAUCAUGGAGUUUUCGAGAACGGAUGAGAAGGGCUUGGCCAAUACUGCACACGAGAUGCUGAAGGAGAUAUCCUCUCGCAAUCCCGAAGUCCUUGAGGCCCAGGUUCAAGAGAUGUGCAAAGAUCUGGAAGCGCAAGCACCAAGCGCAAAUUCCACUGACGAUGCUAGCGCUGAAGAAAUUCUCAAGGCCUGCUCUGGUUUUGCCAAAAAGCUCCCCUCGAAGCUUCCGAAAGAAAGACGGUUCCUGCAGGCGCUGACAAACUACGCCCUCUACAGCUCUUCUACUCGUGCGGCGAAGCAUGCGGUGUCUAUCAUCAUGGCUAUCGCGGACAAAAAGGAGAUGUAUGCAAAGGAUCUAGUGCAGAAGUGCGUCAAGGAUUGGAAGUAUGGUUCUGAUCAUUUCCUCACGCGACUGGCCACCAUCGCUCAGCUGAAUCGGCUCGCACCGAGGGAGACAGAGGCGGAGAGUGACGCCAUUGUCUCAAUUGCUGUCGAUCAGAUCCUGCUCACGAACCGGUCCAAGCGACCAGAAUCCGGGUAUAAGUGGUCAGAAGAAGUGGACGAGGAAACAAUAGCGAAGGAAUGGGCGCUCAAGAUCAUCGUCAAUCGGCUUCGUGGCAAAGAUGAUUCAGAUGAGGACUUCGGCUCUCAAGCAGAGCCAGUCUACAGUACCCUGAACAAGUUGGUGGCGGGCGAAGGGGAACUCUCGAAGAAAAAGGACACUCCAGAGACCCAGAAACCUCGGCUUCGCCUUCAUGCGGCCAAGCUGCUGGUCAAACUCUGCGCGUCACGUUCUAUUUGUGACCAGUUGCUGAGUCCGAACGAUUUCAACUCAUUAUCACUGGUAGCCCAAGAUAGCCUCUUACCAGUAAGGGCAGGGUUCAUUGAUAUAUUGAGGAAGAAGUUAUCACAAAACACUCAUUUGAGUGUCCGUUGGUACACGAUUCCGUGUCUUCUUGCUUUCGAACCAAGCCCCAGUCUCAAAGAAAGUACUCUCACCUGGCUACGUUCCCGUGCGAUCUUUUUCUCCCGACAGACUCAAGCCAAUGGGAAGAGGAGUGAGCAACAGACCGUGAUGGAGGCCAUGUUUGCUCGUCUGCUCUCUCUACUAGCUUAUCAUCCGGACUAUCCGCCCUCGAAUGAGGACAAGGAGACCUGGAUGGCUGAGCUUGCAGACUUCGCUCGAUAUAUACUCUUCUACCUUUCUGCAAUUGCGAAUGAGAAUAAUCUGUCUUUGAUCUUCCACAUUGCGCAGCGCGUCAAGCAGACUAAAGAUGGCAUUACCAAGUCUGAUGAAAUUACCACGCGUCUUCACACCCUUUCUGAUCUUGCUCAGGCGACCAUUCGCCGCUUCGCGGACAUUUAUUCACAGCAACAUAAAAUUGGCGGCGCGAGCGGUACCGCCAGCAUUCUCCAGACGUAUCCAGGAAAAAUGAGGUUGCCGAGCUCGCUGUUUGCCCCCAUGUCAAGCCAUCAAGAAGCACAAGAUGUUGCAGAGAAGAACUUCCUUCCUGAAGACAUUGACGAUAUGCUUGACGAUAUUGUCCGAUCUUGGAUGCGACCCAAGAAGACGUCUCAGGUGGCGAACCAGGGGAAGAAGAGGAAGAGUGAGCCUUCUGAGACGAAUGGGGAUUCCCAUGCUACCAAGAAACCCCGGAAGCCAAGGGCCUUGCCUAUCCGGAAGUCAUCGUCGGCGGGUGGUAAUGCGAAGAUGGCGAAGAAAAAGAAGAACGAUGACGAUGAAUGGGGAUCUGACUAUGGAGGGGACGAGAACGUGUCGUCGGGUGCUCGAAGACGGAGCAGCAGAAGCGUGAGAAAAGAUGUCAGCUAUGUUGAUCGCGAUAGUGAUGAGGACGAUCUCGAGAUGGAGGAAUGGGACCAAGAGAAUGAAGCAGAAAACCAAGACGAAGACGAGAAUGGGGAGGAGGAGCAAGAUCAAAAUGACACGGGUGACGAGGCAGAGAAACAAGAGUUGGAUGAUGAGAAGAAUGGCGAUCAGGAUGCGGAAAUGGAGGAUGUUGACGAAACGUCAUCACCGUCCAGGAAGGCGAAGAGCGCAUCAACACGGAAGACUCAGUCGAAUAAGGGUAAAUCUGGCGCCGAGAAACCGGCGAAGACGGGGACUGUCCCUGUGCGACGAUCGAGCCGACGUGGAUAA